AUAGGGCCCAAUCUUCAGUCAUAUAAAGUGAAACUAACAGGAUUGAGUUCUGAUAAGUGAGAGGAUUUAAGUAAUAGGGGUGUUGAAGUCUUUUAAGUGAUGGCUUUUAAGUAGGCCAGAUGGUAUUUACUUAAGUGAGUGUUUGUGGAGACGUCAACCUUUACCAGGAGUGUGACUUGAGUCUGGAUCUACAUCAUUUAUAAGUAGCACAGUAACGUCACCACCACCACCACAAGGAGGAGGAUGCCGCCCAAGGACCCCGAGGCCGAGAAACUCAAGAAGGAGCUUCAGGAUGCCAUUGCCAAGGUCCAGGAGGACCAGAAAACCAAGGCGGACACCACCCUGAGUGAAAAAUGCGGCGACAUGGGAGAGGUGUCCAAAAUUCGGGCUGGCUGUAAGAGGAUGUGUAAAGGACAUCUCAACAAGGUCAACAGUGUCCAUUUCUCCGGUGAUAGCAGGCAUCUGGUGUCCGGAUCCCUAGAUGGUAAGCUCAUCAUCUGGGACAUCUACACAGGUAACAAGACACAGAUCAUCCCUCUCAUGUCAGCUUGGGUCAUGUCCGUCGCCUUCUCUCCGUCUGGCAACUUUGUCGCCAGCGGGGGGAUGGACAACCAGUGUACCGUACAUGACAUCAAUAACAGGGACUCUACAGGGGCCGCUAAGAUCUCCCGUGAGUUGAUGGGUUAUGAAGGCUUCCUCUCCUCCAUGCGAUUCCUUGAUGACACCAACCUUAUCACCGGAUCUGGGGACAUGAAGGUGAUCCACUGGGACGUCCAGACUGGGAAGAAAGUGGUUGAGUUCUUCGGCCACAGUGGAGACGUAGCGACCAUGAGCUUGGCGCCUGAUAUGAACUGUUUCGUGACGGGGUCUGUGGACAGGACCAUCAAGGUGUGGGACCUACGGGACACCAAGACCUGUAAACAGACCUUCUGGGGCCACACCUCCGACGUCAACUCCGUCUACUUCCACCCAUCAGGCUUCGCUAUCGGGUCUGGUUCAGAAGACAAGACCGCGAGGAUGUGGGACCUGCGUAGUGACCAGCAGCUCGCGGAGUACAAGCCGCCCACCAGUAACUCCGGCUUCACCUGCUGUGGCCUCAGCAAGUCCGGCCGCUACAUCUUGUGUGGCUCCGAUGACAACACCAUCCACUUCUGGGACACCAUGAAGACCACUCACCAAGGAACGUUACAAGGCCACGACAACAGGAUCACCUCCCUGGCGGUGACUGACAAUGGCAUCGGCUUCGCUACCUCCUCCUGGGAUAUGGGUGUCAGGGUGUGGGGACUGUAGAGACCCUCCUGUAUGGUGUACUUCUACGUGAGAGGUCUUCUCCUACGUGAGAUGGUCGUUUUCUACGUGAGGUGGUCGUCUUCUUCUACGUGAUAUGCCUUUCGUGUGAGGUUACGAGAACAAGUGGUCCUCACCACUUCAAGCGUUUUGUUAACUUAAGUUCCAGUGUCAGUACUGUAGCCUACCUCUCCAUUGAUGAUAAUUCUCUUUAAACAAAUAAUAAUUAUCACGCUAGGUCAUUCCAUAACUUGUAUUUUGCUUAUUUUUCUAUAAAUUAAAUUAAUUUCUAAAUCUUCAGAGUAUUUUAAGCUGUAUUUGAAUUAGUAUCGAGACCAGCUAUAGCAGCUUCUUAUGAUGUAGGAAUGUAGGUGUUAAGAGAUCCAGAGGUGUGUCCGUCUGUGAGGUCCAGUCCAGCAUGACUCCAGAAGGUACAACUGUCGCAGGAAGCUGGUUUGGGUAACGUGAGCAGUGUCUUUGUCCAAUCAUAUUUUAAGGUGGACAAUAUAUGGCAAAGGUCCUCCAAUUAGCUUCAGAGGACGAUACAGUUGUCAAGAGUCUCAGUUGAUUGUUCUACUGGAUGUUCUGUCUCAAUUGUUCCUCCUACCUGUUCUCCGACCAGAAGAACUCCCCAAGAGCCUUCCAGAUAAGUUCUAAGAGUGAAAGAUGUGUCCCAAGAGUGUUCCAGUUCGUUCCAGGGCUUCAAAUACCGCCAUGGGCCUUCCAGAUAACAUCUCCAAAUGAAGAAAAAAAAUAAAGUAUCGUGAAGUUUCCCUUCAUAGCUCCUGGGCCUGAAGGACUCCAGAAAGGUCUCGCCAGAUGAUGAAACUAAGAAGUAAAUAUUACAAUAGUCAUCCAGUUAUCUUGAAAAGUCUUCCUGGUGAGUUGAAGAUGAAAAAAAAAGAUAGAAGUUUACCCCAAAACUCAUUUCCUGGACGCCAAGCAUUUUCACUGUAUCGUGUAAAAAGUACCACUCAACGCUUUACAGAGAUAAAAAGUAAUGGAAUCCUUACAAGAGGAAAGACUCACUAGCUCUGUCUCUCUCUGAUCACCCUGCCAGAUAAUGUUACCUGGACGUGUAGAUCUUAAAUAUUAUAACUAUUUAUAUACCCAAGAUCGUAGUGGAUAAAUAAAACUGUGUUAAAAAAAAACUUUCAUGUUAUUUUUCAGAGAACACAAACCUCUUCUCUCUUUCUCUUUGUGUUUGGUCACUGUUAUAUUCCACAAGUGCUUUACUAGUUAAUGGUGAACACUAAGGUCGGUACUCUGAACACACGACGGCCAGCAUAGGCGAUAAAACAACGCCUGGCGAUCAUUCUUUCUGCUGUAGAGAACUUUUGCCAGGCACUUCUUCGCCAGAUGCACUUUGGCCACUGUUGGUGUUGUGGUUAUGGUAAUGGCUUUAGGCUUACGUGUGUGUGUGUGUGUGUGUGUGUGUGUGUUAAGUGCAAUAAAUUUUUUAUAUAAACAAAUUUUAAGUAUAUAUAAUAUAAUAAUGAAUAUGUGAAGACCAGUUUCUUUUUAUACUCACCGGACAUAAUAUUAGUUUGUCUGUCUUCAGUGUUAUUUUUCUUACAUAAUAUUUUACUGACAUAGACGACGCCCCAUAGACACCAUAACAACUCUGUGCUCUGAAGAACUAUAUAAUCUGUGUCAUGGUUCUUCAGAUUGCAUAGAGAACAGUGAAGUUAAAUUACAUAUGAUAUUAAUAUUUACGACAGAUGUUUUAGUUAAUUUGUAUUUGAUAAAGUUAACGAAGAAACAAAGUUAAAAAUUUUUUAUAUGUAGUUAAUAUAUGUAUACCUAUAGGAAUAUAUUAUACGUCUUUUUUAUAAUGGGAUUCGUAACUCGUAGUCUCGUAUUUUAUAGUUUCUUAAGAAUUAUAUACGUGCUUUGAUAAUUUAACUUUAGUCAUAGUCAAAUAAUACAUUUAAGACUUCAUGAUGGCGUUAUGUUAUUAUAAUUAAGGGUUAACUAUAGUUUUAAGUUCUUCAUUUAAGUAGUAAAAACUUCAGUAUAUUAUAUAGUUAAAGAGAACCUAAAAAAAAAGUUGAAAACAAAUUAAUAAUAGUUUGGAGUAUUAUUUAAUUAAAGAAAAUGUAAAUUAAGUAAAAGAAAACUAUAAUUUAAGGGGUAACUAUAGUAUUAGGUGUUAGUGUGGAACUUUGCCUGUUGUAAGGGGACGACAUGGCCAAGGUUCUCACGGUCUUGUGCGCUCAGCAAGCAACCAAAGCUCUUGUCUGGGGUCAGGGUCAGGUCACCUCCGUCACCAGCGCUCGUUUCGGAUCUACUGAAGUCAGUCGAGGUUACAGAAGCUGGUUAGUUUAUGUAUCGUAGCUUCAGGAGUUAACAGGACCCUCACUGGAUGUCAUUUUGAGGCUUGUUUGAUGUCAGCUUGAGGUCAUACUUGAAGGUCAUACUUGAAUGUCAUAUUUGAAAGUCAUGUUGGGUUAUAGAGUGACCCUGUUAACAGACGCCGGCGCUGAGAGACGGGGAGAGAUAUAUAAUCAAUGACUCCUGAGAGACAUAGAGCAAAUUAUGGUCUUUAUGUUACUAUUAAGUCAAAUUAUUACUGUAGUAUACUAGGGCGCUGGUUAUACUGGACCAAGAUAUAUUAGGCUUAUAUGUAGCAGUUGAUUAUAGGAGCUAGGUUAUAUUUCUGAUGGUAUAUAAUAUACUAUACUAGACGAGUAUAUUAGAACUAGCUAGUCUCUCUCUCUGUCUAUCUCUAUUUUCGUCUUUAUCUGUUAUUCGUAGUAGUUAAUCUUUCUUUGUAAUAUUGAGAAAGUUUCCCUCAUCUGUAAAGUGUUAAAAUCCCUCCAUAAUAACCUACAUGUUUACUCUUGAUUGUCUAUGUAAAUUUGUCACCUAUUCUGAUAUAAAUUUUGUUUAAUUUUCCCACUUAUGUUAAUUAUAAUGUUAGUUUAUAGCAUUAUUCUCAAUUUAACCUCAGAAUAUAACCUCAAACUCAAUUUCUGGCACAUAUUCUGUACCCCAUUUCAUAGUUGGUACCAAUUUUGGCUCCUAUUCUAAUAUAUAGCAUCUAUUAUAUUUUCCAUUGUAAUCUGGCACCAAUUUUGGCUCCCGUAGCAAAAUUUGGCACCUAUUCCUCUCUCAUAAGUUGUAAAUGGCACCACUGUUUACUUUCUCGAUGUUUGUAGUGGCAUUCUCUUCAGUGUUUGCUUAUACAUUAUAUAUCUGAAUAUUUCUAGCAUGGUUACCUUCACGUGUGUGUGUGUGUGUGUGUGUGUGUGUGUGUAAACGUCCAGAUUGAUUUAUAACUCCACAACAUUCCACUCCACACAUACAGCCCCCCACAGCCCCACACAGCUCCACACAUACCUCCUACAGCCCUCAGAAGCCCCCACAGAAACCCCACAAAACCUUCAACACCCCUACAUAACCCCAACAGCCCCCACACCUUCCCAACCAGCCCCCACACGCCUCACAGCCGCCAC